UUAGAGACGCGUCAAGGCAAUUAUUUUAGGAGCGACAGCUCGCCGUGCGCGCAAAGCCAGGCGCUGACGAUCCAAAAGCAGACGACAGCGAUGUUCACGAAGUCAAUAGCUCUGAUCCUCCUUCCGGUCGUCGCCGCCUCCCAGCUCCGCCUCGGCACGUUCACGGAAUCGAUCCCGCCGUAUCAGCGAUGGAGCGAGGAGACGCGGUCGAUCUCCGGCGGCGCGCCGCGCAUGUCCGACCUCAUCUUCGACGCGAUGGGCUUCGACGUCGAGAUCGUGGACCUCGGGUCGUUUCGCGACGCGCAGGCGAAGAGCAUCGCGGCGCUCGACCGCGGCGAGAUCGACAUCGCGUGGGCGUACGGCCCGCAGCGGCUGCGCUGGCCCGCGGGGUUUCACCUGACGGAGCCGAUCCUCACCGUCGACCGGCGCGCCAUGGUCCGGAAGGAGACGCGAACGUCGCGGCCUACGUUCUCGAUCUUCCAGCCCUUCGAGCGGAACCUCUGGCUGGCGAUCGUCGGCGCGAUCGUCGUCGCCGCGGGCGUGUUCUACGUGCUGGACCUGCUCUGGCACGAGGAGACGCCCUCGAGCCACAGCUUCCUCUACCACGCGGCCGCGCUCCUCCUCCGCGGCGAGGAGUACGUGACCUUUAGCCCGGCGAGCCGCUGGUUUCGCGUGGGGUUCCUCUUCACGGCGCUGAUCCUGACGGCGACGUACACCGCGAACCUCGCCGCGUUCCUCACGUCGCGGCCCCGCGCGAUCGUCGGGCCGAGGAACUUCGCGGAGCUCCGCGAGAGCCACGCGUGCCUCGCGGGCGGCCUCGACCCGCGCGACUGGGAGGGGAAGCUCGUGAAGCGGGCGACGACGGACCCGGCGCGAGACUACAGCUACACGGAGAGCAUCGCGGCCUGCGAGCGGCGCCUCGACGCCGGCGAGGUCGACGUCGUCGUGCUCGACUGGAUCUUCGCCGGCCAACAGUCGCUCCGGCGCUGCGACGAGCGGCUCCUCCUGAACCUGCCGCUCCCCGGGGUCCGCGUCGAGUUCGUCACCGCGAGCGCGGAAUUGGCGGCCAACGUCUCCGUGGCCGUCGACGCGGCCAAGUACGAGGCCGAGUACCUCAGGACCAUGGUCGACUAUUUCGACGUCGACCGAUCGUGCGAGGUCGCGGCCGCCGACGUCGACGAGCUCCCCAAGAUCUCCCUUCGCGACAUCCACGGCCUCUUCUACAUCCUCGCGGGCUUCGCCGUCGGCGCCGUCGCGAACGCCUACCUGCACAAGCGAGGCUGCCACCAGAAGUCCCUCGACUGCGUCGUCCACACGCUCUUCUAGAUUGAACUAAGUCUCG